AUGUCUUAUUAUGUCUCCGAAGUUUGGCUCGAAGUGUUUGGCGUCCAUUUCUGGCGGUUUGAAGAGCCCAGUUCUGAAGCUAUGGCGAAGCGCAUCUUGGUCGUGUUUGAUGGCUCGCGCGGCGACGUUCAGCCAUACAUGGUCGCUGCGAAAGCUCUCAUCAUGGCUGGCUAUAAUGUGAUGACAUCGGGCCCGGGUGAUGCAGAUGCUCUUGCCAAGCACUUUCAGGUGCCUUUUACUCGAAGCCGCCUCAGUACUGGGAAACUAGUGGCCGACCCAGAAAUGCAGAAGGCGUUCGCUGUGAACGACAUGCAAGGCAUGAUGACGGCGCAAGAUCGUAUCAGGGACGAGCUUGUCACACCUGAAACCAGAGCAAGAGAGACUUGCCAUUUUGAUGAACACUUUUUGCUGCAUCAACCCUGUGCUAUUCUUACCAAACACACAAGCUUGGAAAGCCUGGAAAGCCCGCAUGAAGAAGGCCUUCUCUUCAGCUGUGCUUUUGCUGGUUCAGCUCUUUGA